UCGGCGGCUCCUCUCUUUCUCGACCGUACGCCCACAUCACGGUCGGCAUCUCCGUCAUGCGCGUGAUCUCUCCCGUUCUCGCACGCGCGCACUAAAAGGCUUUGGCUUCUCAUUCUUUGACAACGACAUCGCAACUCCGUCUCUCGUUCAUCGUUGGCGUUGCUUCGUUCGUCCAAAGCAUCUCGUCCGUCAUCGUUUUCAUCAUUAAAAAGAAAAAUAGUUGAAUUAAAGGUGGAAAACACAAGGGAGAGAUCGAUCGACUUGCACUCAUGGAGGGCUCUACGCCGUCGACGCUCCCGCCUCCGACGCAUCAGAAAAGAUCCGGCGACAGCCCCGAAACACCGACACGGCAGCCCGCGUUCCGGCCGGAUGCCGUCCGAGGCCGAGAGGAAGAUCCACCGGCGGAAGACGGCAUUGGUCCGCCUCGGCUGCGGCCCUCUCGGCCGCACCUCCCGAACCCCCGAUUCCCGUCUUUAAACAAUACGUCCUACCACCGCAAUGCUCUAAAGACCCGGACUCGUUGCAACCCGCCGAUUACGAAUGCGUUGCCUCCGCGGCAGCAGCGGCGGAAGAAGAAGAAGAUGCAAGCAGAAGAGGGGGAGGAAAAGGAAAAGGAAAAGGAAAAUGAGGAACCGCUGCCGCCGCUGCCGCCACCGCCGCCGCCUUCGUUGCCGAUGUGGAAUCUGAGGAGCAGAAGAAGGGCGGCCUCCGGUGACCAGAAGACCGGCUUACCGUUCCGGCCGCUGCCGGAUCGCGACAAUCCUCUGCCCAUAAGGCAAAAGAGUCCGACGUUCUCCUUCGCGCUCUCCAAGGCGGAAAUCAAGAACGACUUCAUGCACAUCACCGGAAAAAGGCCAGGCUGGCGACCCAAGAAGAGGUGGCCGAGAUCCAUACAGCAACAGCUCGGCCCGCUCUUUCCUGGUGAAUUUUUAUCGAACAUACGAAGGCAUUCGUGGUGGGAUUCAUGGGACGAUAUUUUUUGACAAGGUACCGAGACUGAUUUGCCGGGCGGGAGUGGGACCUAGUGAACGUUAGAUGUAGUACUGUCUGGAUUUAAUUUCUUUUGCUUUUAUAACUGGCUACUAGAUGUGAAUAAAUGAAGUUCGUAAAACUAUUAUCUGGAUUUAUUUUGCUUUUGUUUUGAUAUUGUGGUAUUAUUGGAUAGAAUUUCAUUUGUGUUUCGUAAUAAACUCUGGUUUUAAUAAACUUUAGUUCUAUA